AUGAAAUGUGAGGAAAUCUCGCCUACUUUGAAAGAUGAUUACAUAUGUAUAGAAAUGACGUCUAAUAUUUUAUUCAGUACGCAUACACAAGAAAAUAUGACCCAUCCAUUUCAGAUUAUUCAACAGACACCUAAAGAUCCAAUCGACAUUUACAAGAAUAUUUUGCUUAGACACAGAACAGGUUUAAAGUCAAAACAGUUAUAUGUAGGAUACGAUAAUACUCUCGAUGUGAUACAACGUGGUUCAAAGAAAAUAAAUAAAUUCAUUCGACCACGUCCCCAUAGAUCAGUGCAAAACCACACUGAGAGUUUGAAGCCAACUCCUUCCUACACAAUAAACAAGACAGAAUUACAUUUCCUAACGUUUAAAGAAGCUGAAUGCUACUUGCAUAAUCCAGCUGUACAUCUGUAUGAAAAAUUCAGUCUACAAUUUUCCUUUCGAACAUCACAGGAACACGGUUUAUUGUUAUUUAACUCUAAUAAACAAGGUGUGGACUUUUUAGCCUUUGAAUUAAUUAGAAGCUAUCUGUAUUUAGCAUUCGAUAUGGGAAGUGGUACACAACAUUAUGCAAUGACAACAUAUGCUGUAAGUGAUUCCAAAUGGCAUCACGUUGAACUUAUAAGGAUGGAUCUUGAAAAUAAUACUCUUCAACUGUACAUCGACAGAAAUACAAUCACAGAACAAUCUAUUCAAAUUCCAGUGGUUAAUGGGGAUAGUUCAAGAAACUUCAAUUUAAAUGAUCCACUUUUUAUUGGAGGGACUUCACAACAUGUUUUCUUGAAAUGGAGAGAAAAAAUAAGCUCAUAUCAUGGAUUUCAGGGAUGCUUGAGCAAUUUCUCCAUAAAUGGAUUGCCUCCUUCCGAUUUGUUGAAAUUGGCUAAGUCAAAAUAUGCUAUGAAUUGGACUAUUCCUAUGUGUUACGACCAGAUUGUUCCUGGAUGUCUUGAUCGACCUAGUACAGCAUUGAGCUGUAAUGAAAUAGGACGCUAUCAAAACGACACUACAGCAAAAGAAAAGAGUACAGAUAAAAUAAUCUUCAAGAAGGAAUCUACACCUUAUUGCUUAAAUGAUGGAAUCUGUUUACAUUCUUGGACAACUGCGAAAUGUGCCUGUGAACUGACUACGUUUGAUGGACAUAGAUGUAUGAAAGUUGGAACUACAUUUAAAUUCGGCUCCAUCAAUGAAGAUUUAUCUGCAUACGUCAGCUUAUCGAGUGUGAACAAGACAGUAAAUAGUGAAGAUGAUGUAGGAUACCUACGCAUAAUGUAUAAAGACCGUGUCAGAAAUACAAGACAAGAUGAAUUUAUUCUUGGCAUUCAGACAUUCCCUACAGAAGACGGUGUAGAAACGGAACAAAAUCGUUCAUCUACCAUAUCAACCUUAUUGUUUAUUACGAGUUCAAAUCAAAUAGGUGAUUUCAUUCAUUUAUUUCUGGAAUCAGGUACAGUACAUUUGAACUACGACAUGGGAGGAGGUUUCGUUCAUGUUAGUGGACCUAAUUUCCUGUUGAUGAUGGAUUUUAUCAUCGAAUACGAGGUGGACAACACGCGCCUUACAUAUGAAUUGAACACCGCCUAUGGAAAACUUUUUAAUAAUCAGAAGGUGAUUUGGCUUGGAUAUGCACCGAAGUUGAAUAAAACUGAUGUCUUCCGUGGUUAUAUGACAGGUGUCUAUUAUAAUGGUCUACUUUUAAAUGAUUUGGCUGCAGGCUUGUCGUAUUUAUCAUUUAUCCAAGUGACACGUUAUGGAAAUGUUGAAUAUGUGCCAAAGUUUCAACCACGUAUAACUAAGUUAUAUUUAGUUGAAGAUUCAUUAUCUAUGGAGUCAAAUCAAUCUGAUGUUCAUGGUUUUACAAAUGUGCCUGCUGACAGUGCAAUGAAUUAUGUGGAAAACAAUGAACACAACAACGAUAUUACCACGGAAAGCAAUCUAGACAAGUCACCUACACUCUAUCCUAUUACAGAUUCCCCUCAUUUAUUAUCACCCUUAAAUAACAAUAUAGUUACAAAUAAAUUCACUACAUCAAAUGAAAUAAUUUCUAAUGGAAGUCAACUUAACGGUAAUAAGUGGAAAUUUUAUACUAAGCUGAAUGCUAUACAUGGACAAGUAAACAUAUGGCUGUUAGUCAGUCUAGCUGGUGCUGGAGUAGUUAUGAUUAUCUCUUUAACACUUUUAGCUUAUAAAUGUCAUCGUAAUAGACAUGCAAAUUCACAUAGUAUACAGCCAAAUGAAAUGAAAUUUAAUAAAAACUAUCAAAAUUAUAUUUCCCACAGUGUCAUUAGUAAAAGUCGGAAUUCAGUCGGCUCCCUGCUGAGUAUGGAUGAUAUUCCCUGUGCUCUUAAACCGAAUCGUUUAACUCAUGCUCUGAACAGUCUUCAUCUCUUUCAGAUUGUUUGUCUCAGCAACCAAUAUGCAGCCAAGUAUCAAUUAUUAAAAAUAAUCAUGUUAUUUCAACACAUGUACCAACAUCGUUUAUUUUUGUUACUGACUCGAUAA